AGCUUCUAGUCAGAGCCCUGCACGUCAGCGGCACAGGGUAUUGGUCGCUAUCAGCUGGGACUGAGUGGCAGCUGAUCUCGGCAGCACCCUGUGUGACUGAGCAGCCCCUAUUUAGGGACCACACUGCUCACCUCAAAUCUGAGGAGGGGCCUAGAAAAGGUGGCCUAAAAAAUGCCCACUCAACUCACACCUGGACAGGAUACCGCACCUGUCGGGUCAUUCCACUUCUGCGGUCGAAACAGAAGAAAAAAAAAAAAAAACCUAAAACUGGCAACAUGGAACGUAAGAACACUCCUGGACUCCUAUGGCAGGACCGAAAGACCUCACAGAAGAACAGCACUGAUUGCGGCUGAGCUGAGGCGUUACAACAUCGACAUCGCCGCACUUAGCGAGACCAGGCUCCUUGAUGAAGGGUCGCUAAUAGAGGAAGGGUCCGGUUACACCUUCUUCUGGAAAGGCUAUCCCCUAGGUGGACAACAUCUGCACGGUGUGGGACUGGCCAUCAAGAACACACUGCUACCAAGACUCACUGAAACACCUGUGGGCAUCAGUGAAAGACUGAUGACCCUCUGUAUCCCCCUGGCGAAGAACCGCUUUGCUACACUUCUUAGUGUGUAUGCGCCAACACUGCCAUCCGACACUGAGGUUAAAGACUCAUUCUAUCAGUCACUGGAUGAGGCUCUCCACCGGAUCCCCAAGACCGACAAGAUCCUCCUCGUUGGGGACUUCAAUGCUCGUGUGGGGCAGAGUGACAGGAUAUGGAAAGGAGUGCUUGGCAGGCAUGGUAUUGGUCAGGCUAACUCAAAUGGCAUGAGAUUACUUACUCUCUGCUCUGAGCACAACCUGACCAUAACCAACACCAUCUUCCAGCAAAAGACCAAAUACAAAACAUCAUGGAUGCACCCACGCUCUAAACAUUGGCACCUGAUUGACUAUGUCAUCGUGAGACGUUGUGACAUCAAAGACGUUCUCAUGUGCCGGGCCAUGAGAGGUGCAGAAUGCUGGACAGACCACCGGAUGAUCAUGGCCAAAGUCCACAUGAGCGUACGCCCCCCCAUACAGAAACAUGGGGCCAGUGGGAGACGCUUAGACUGUGCCCGUCUGAAAGAUACCAGCACAAGAAAUGAGUUUCGAUGCUCCCUGGCUGAAAAACUUGAAGAGCUUGAACUCAUCUUGAGUGGAGGGAAUGACACAGACCAGCAAUGGACCACUAUCAGCUCAGCCCUUCAUGAAGCAGCAGCCCACUCAAUCGGCUAUAAGACCAAAAACCACCAAGCAGUGUACUGGAGAUGGUGGGCUGAACAUUUUAAUACCCUGCUUAAUCAGGACUCUGAAGCAGACUACACCAUCCUGGAUCAACUGCCUGAACUUCCACAGAUUGACAUCCUUAACCAACCCCCGACCUUCCUGGAGGUUCUGUCAGCCGUCCGCUCUCUGAAGAACAACAAUUCCCCUGGCAUGGACAAUAUCCCUGCGGAACUGCUUAAACAGGGUGGUUACCUCUGUACAAGAGCGCUACAUCAACACAUCACUAAAGUAUGGGCUGAUGAAAACAUCCCACAGCAAUGGAGGGAUGCCAAAAUUGUCACCAUAUAUAAGAACAAAGGUGACAAGACCAUCUGUGGCAACCACAGGGGUAUAUCCCUCCUUGCUGUUGCUGGUAAGGUCCUGGCCAAGGUGUUGCUGCAGAGGCUACUCAACAACAUCACAGAGUCAUUGCUCCCAGAAUCACAGUGUGGUUUUAGAAAGAACAGGAGUACAGUCGACAUGGUCUUCACAGCCCGGCAACUUCAGGAAAAGUGCAGGGAGCAACAUCAAGACCUGUUUAUGGCUUUUGUCGACCUCUCCAAAGCCUUCGACACUGUGCAGAGAGACCUACUGUGGGACAUCCUGCUCCGGUUUGGAUGCCCUAGCAAGUUUGUCAACAUCCUCCGACAGUUUCAUGAUGGUAUGAAUGCUAGGGUGACAAUAGGAGGACAAGAGUCUGCCUGCUUCCCUGUGUGCACAGGGGUCAGGCAGGGGUGUGUACUAGCACCAGUG